UAUGUAAACAUCUGGAUAGAACACUAUGUGCUCUGGAUAGAACACUAUGCACUGACUGCAACUAAUUAUAGUUGCAGUCAGUGCAUAGAAAAUGUACAAAGGGAUUUUAAGGUACCUGUACCAGUAAAAUGGAUAGUUUCACCUUUCAGGUAAGAAUGCAUAUUGUAACAAAUUGAAGUCACACUAUGGCUGGCACUGGCGAUCUGUCCAGGGUGUGACCCUGCCCAUCGUCAUCAGCUGAGGCUGGCACAGCACCCCCGCGACCCUCAUGUGGAGGAUAAAGCAGUAGAAAAUGGAUGGAUGACUAUGGCUGGUUUGUCCAUCCAAAGCAGGGACCUUCCCUUAAGUACAUAUUGUUGGCUUUGGAAAAUACCUCCAGCAAAGGUGGAAUGAUGUUCAUGAAGUUAAAAUGGAUGAUUGUGAUCCAGCUCCUGCUGAAUGAACAAGGUUUGUGCAGGGCCCCACCUCCUCUCACUCAGAGGAAUCCUUUGGGUUUGAACACUCAUGUCAUUGGAGUUUUGGAGGAAUCUGACAAACAGGAUCAUCAGGCCUUCCUUGGCUCUCAGCUCAGCCUCUCAUCUGCCAAAAAACAUGACCCUGUACCAGUGGUUGUGGAUGAAGAGAAGAGAGUCCAGUCUGCCCAACAUGUGACAUCAGGCCUCAGGGCAAAGCUUCAGGGACAGAUUCAAGAUCAUCUCCACAUUCAUGGGAACAUCAGCUGUGAGGAGCUUCUGUCUGCCAGUACUGUGGAUGACCCUUUGUCCUCUAUGUUCCCCCAAGAGCUGCUGGGCCUCUCUCUAGUGCCAGUGUUGGUAGUAGCAGGAUGCCCAAAGGAGGCACAAACCCUGGUGCUAAAGCUGUACGACUUACUGGGAGUGACGGAUACGGAGGAGCUUCUGCUGGAGGUGCAGAGUUUAAUAGAAAGGUGGCCGACUAAGUCAGCAUCUGUAUCAGCAACAACAUUUUCAGAGAGAGAUCAAGCAAGGCACCACAUAGAAGCUGUGAUGUUCAACAUCCAGCGGCUGGUGACAGCCGGAGAGGAAACCACCAAGCAGGAAAGUCACUGUGAUGGUUGGACCAGGGUCAAUGGAACAAUGCUGGUGGGGACAAGUGUGGGGACAAGCACAGGUGGACUGAAGGAGGCAGUGAACAGCUGUGAGAGACUGGGAGUCCUGUGUGCAGGCGUGACCAACAGAGGGCCACUCACUCCGGGCAUCAUGUACCAGGCAGUGCUGAGGGAAGGCAGUCGUAUCCUGCCAUCCGAAUCCCCAGGCUCUGAAUGUUGGAUCCAUCAAUGUAGUGCAGAGGAGUUUAGUUCAAUCCCUGUUGCUUCAGCUCAGCGAUUAAAGCGCAGCCCCCAGAGGAGCUGUAUAAACAGAAAUGAGCAGCGUGUGUACAAUGUGGUAGAGUGGAUCCCUGCAGUCAGUACCCUCUACAACCUGGGCACAGCGGUGUAUUAUGCCACUGUCAACUGCUCUGAAACAGCCAAGGAGAGAGCCAUCCUCAGUGCUGUUGACCUGGGCACAGACGCGCUCAUGAUCGCCACAGGUGGGACUGCAGGUGUGGCAGGUUAUGCUCUGGGUGCAGGGGUGAAGACUGGUGUGAAAGCAGGGGUCAGGUAUCUCCUCGACUCCAUGAAACAGGAAGACGACAUAAUGGUGAACCAGUUCAGCUGGGAGGAUGGCCAGUAG